AUGCCGUUCGCAACAGUCAACGGCCAUCGGAUCCACUAUCUGGACACUCUGCACAUAGGACACAAGGUUGACGAUGGCAAACCAAUCCUUGUCAUGGUCCAUGGUCUCGGCUCCUCGCAAAACUACUACAUGCCGGUGAUUGAAGAGCUGAACGGUUACCGAUGCAUAGCUCUCACCACAUACGGAGCGGCAGAAUCGAAGUCGAAUGGCGAGAAGCUUACACUGGAGCAGUUGGCCGAGGAUGUGGUGGGGUUGAUGGACGAAUUGAGCAUUAAACAAGCGGUGAUCUGUGGUCAUUCCAUGGGUGGACCGAUGGCUCUUGCAGUCGCGGCUUCACAUCCUGGUCGCGUUCCCGGGGUAGUGGGCAUUGGACCAGUCAACCCAUCAAGCGUGAAGCCGGAAAUGUUUACAUCCAGGAUCGAAACUGUCUUGAAGGACGGCAUGGAGCCCAUGGCCAAUGCUGUGCCUAAGGCGGCGACGAACGCAAAGAGCACGCCCGUCCAGAGAGCGAUGAUCCGAGAACUCAUCAUUGGCCAAGAUCCGAAGUCAUAUGCCUCCCAUUGCGACGUGAUCCUCAACAUGAAAGACCCCGGAUUCUCAUCAAUCAAGGUCCCAGUCCUCAUUAUUGCUGGCGAUGAAGACCAGUCAGCUCCGAUGGCCGGCUGCGAAUAUAUUCACCAGCAUCUUGGAAGCUCUGACAAGGAGCUUAAAGUUUUGAAGGGCGUGGGCCAUUGGCACUGCAUUGAAGCAGGCGAUCGUGUUGCCGAAAAGAUAAGGGCAUUCGCCUCCAAAGCUAUCAAAGUCUAG